GCUGGACCUCGGUCCCGCCUCUUCCGGCAAGAUGUGAGGGAAGUGAUUCAACCUUCCUAGAAACGAUGUUGUAAGACUUCCGGCGGGGCUGGCUGACGGAGGAGCAUCAGACAAUAAUGAAAAAUCUUGGAACCCACCUCUGAAGAUGGGAAAGCGACAUUAUGUUGGGCCCAGCCGGGGUAAAGGCCCUCUUCCUGUUCAGGUUAAGCGUAGGAGAACCUUCAGAGGGAAAACUGCACAGAAGAUCCCGGGAAAGGAUGUGCUCCAUUUGGAAAGAUUGCGGAGGUCCUUCAGGCAGUUCUGCUACGAGGAGACAGAAGGGCCCAGAAAGGUUUGCAGCCAGCUCCACCACCUCUGUUCCCAGUGGCUGAAGCCAGAGCAGCACACCAAGGCGGAGAUGCUGGACCUGGUGGUGCUGGAGCAGUUCCUGGCCAUCCUUCCUGCGGAGAUGGAGCGCUGGGUGAGGGAGUGCGGGGCACAGACCAGUUGCCAGGCAGUGGCUUUGGCUGAAGGCUUCCUCCUGAGCGAAGCAGAAGAAAAGGAGAAUGAGCAGCAGGAUGUACUUGUGGAAGAUUUGGCCAAUGCAACUGCAACAGAGAGUUCUUCCGAGACCAAUUCAGCCAUGCCAGAGAAAGAGAGAGUCAUCACCUCAGUGGAAGAAAGAACAAACAUGCAGUCGACACAUGUUAAUCCAUCUCCUGAUUUUGGUGCUCUUCAUGGAGCUUCAGUGGAUCAGGUGGACUGUGAUGAGUUGGCUGUGGAUUUCACAGAGGAGGAGUUGCCUUUGCUGGACCCAGACCAAAAAGAGCUUCACAGGGAAGCAAUGGAAGAAAAUUUCAGGCUUGUGAUUUCUCUGGAUGGUGAUGACGAUGAUGAUGGUGGUGGUGAUGGUGGUGAUGAUCAUGAUGAGCAAUUGGAGAAGGAAGAAGGGGGACCAAGCGAGGACCUGUUCAAAAGAGUCAAAUGUGAAGAGAAUGAACCAAAAGGAAGAAAAUCUGUUUCUGAUGGGAAGAGAAAGGAUACAUCUGCUUCUCAAGGUCAAGAAGAGCAAUCGGAAGAGAACAGAGAGGAACCAAAUAGGGAAUUAUUAAAAAGUGUUAAAUGUAAGCAGGUGAAACUGAAAGAAAGAAGCCCUAAUGCACCUGGGAAGAAGAGGAAGAAGACAUCAGCUCCUAAGGGUGCGGAGUCCAGUGAAAUCCCACCCUCUGAAAAAAAUACAAAAAGAAAGGCAAAGAAUCGAAAUAUCCAACUACUGUGUGAAAAAUGCUUCAACUGUAAACAAAAUCUUGAUUCUCAUGAGGAAACUGACACAGGAGAAAUGUCUUCAAAAGAUGGAGAGUGUCGAAGAAGCCCCAGAGUUAGCAAGGGCCGCAUUUCCCACCCAGUAAAUCAGAAGAGCCCCAAGCCAUUUGAAUGCUCAUAUUGUGGAAAGAGCUUUGCUAAGGAGAGGCUGCUGACUUGCCAUCAAGCAACUCACACAGGAGAGAAACCCUUUCAGUGCUUGGAGUGUGGAAAGAGUUUCCCUCAGAAGCUGCUCCUUACCUUUCAUCAAAAAACUCACUUAGGGAAUAAACGGUUCACGUGCUUGGAGUGUGGAAAGAGCUUCCUGUGGAAGUGGAGCCUGAAUAGUCACCAAGAGUCCCAUAAAGGGAAGAGAUCAUUUAAAUGCUCCGAAUGCGGGGAGAUCCUCAGUUGGAAGGCACGCCUCCGUCAGCAUCAAGUGGAGAAAACCUUCAAGUGCUUGAAGUGUGGAAAGAGCUUCAGGCAGAAGGCACACCUUACUCGUCAUCAAGUCAUCCAUACUGGAAAGAAACCCUUUCAAUGCUUGGAGUGUGGAAAGAGCUUUACUUGGAAAGUCAAUUUCACUUCUCAUCAGAGAGCUCAUACAAGAGAGAAAUCUUGUAAAUGCUCGGGAUGUGGAAAAAACUUCAAGCAGAAGGCACGCCUCGCUCGUCAUCAAGUAACCCACACAAAGGAGAAACCAUUCCAGUGUUUGGAGUGUGGGAAGAACUUCAGCUGGAAGACAGACCUCACCCGUCAUAAAAAGCUUCACAAAGGCGAGAGGCCAUAUACCUGCCUGGAAUGCGGAAAGAGCUUCAACCAGAAGACACACCUGACCUGUCAUCAAAGUGUUCACACAGGACUGAAACCAUUUCAGUGCUUGGAGUGUGGAAAGAAAUUCAGUCAGAAGACACACCUCAUUCGCCAUGAAAGAGCCCACACAGGAGAGAGACCAUAUGAAUGCCCAGAGUGUGGAAAGGGCUUCACUCGGAAGGAUGUCCUCAGUUGUCAUCAAAAAAUUCACACAGGAGGAACUCGUUAAAUCAGGGCUUUCCAAACAUGCAUGGCCGAAGGGUUGGAUUCGAGAGCCCCGGGGGAGUCUCUUCCAACUCUGAAAAAAAUCCUUCUGGAACAUUUUAAAUGGCAGAUUACUGACAUUUUAAAAUUUCAAUUGAGUUUAGUUUUUUAGAAUCAAAAUGCGAAGAGAGGUGUUUCUGAAACUGAAAAGAUAACUGAAGCAAAAUCAGCAUUUGUAAGGCUUGCUAAUGAAGUACAGCUGAAGCCUUUGCAGCAGAGUCCACUGUAAAUAAUGAUACUACUAAUAAUAUAAUACUGCCUCCCUUCAAGGCUUGAGGCAGGGUACAACACUGUUAAAAUAUAUAGAUAGAAACAUAAGACCAUUAAAACACAUACCAUAUAUACUCGAAGAUAACGACACUCCAUGCAGUCAUGCCGCUGGCCACAUGAUCUUGGAGGUGUCUACAGACAAUGUCGGCUCUUUGGCUUAGAAAUGGAGAUGAGCACCAACCUCCAGAGUUGGAUACGACUAGACUUAAUGUCAGAGGAAAACCUUUACCUUUUAAUACAUAGCAAUUAAUCUUAUAAAAGCAUUUCCCCCUGAAAUAUUUGUUAAUCUUUCCUACAGAUAUAUAGGCAUUUUCCUCUGCAAGCCUUUGCAAUCCCUAUGUACCUAUAUAUCUGUAUCUAUCUAUAUACAUUAAUUUUAUAUAUGAAUUUUCCAUAUUUGCAGGUCUUUGCAAAUCCGAUAUACAUAUAGAUAUCUAGAGAUGUCCAUGUAUAUCUGUAUCUAUAUGUAUGUAUUGUUUUUAUAUAUGAAUUUUCCCAUCACAUGUUUGCAAGUCUGAAAAUCCUAUAUAUAGAUAUAUUGAUAAACAUAUAGAGGUACCCAUAUAUCUGUAUAUGUGUAUAUAUAAAUAAUUUUAUAUAUGAAUUUUCCCCUCACAUGUUUGCAAGUUUUUGCAAAUCCUAUAUAGAUGUGGAAAACACAAGAUUGGCCAUCAGAUUGGAAAAAAUCAAUUUAUAUGCCCAUACCAAAAAAGGGAAAUGCUAAAGAAUGCUCAAACUUCCGUACAGUGGCACUUAUUUCCCAUGCCAGUAAGAUAAUGCUCACGAUCCUGCAAGGCAGACUCCAGCAAUACAUGGAGUGAGAGUUGCCAGAUGUCCAAGCUGGGUUCAGAAAAGGCAGAGGAACCAGAGACCAAAUUGCCAAUAUCUGCUGGAUAAUGGAGGAAGCCAGGGAGUUUCAGAAAAACAUCUACUUCUGCUUUAUUGACUAUUCUAAAGCCUUCGACUGUGUGGAUCAUAAUAAACUAUGGCAUGUUCUUGGUGGUAUGGGGAUACCAAGUCACCUUGUCUGUCUCCUGAGGAAUCUGUAUAAAGACCAAGCAGCCACAGUUAAGAAUAGAUCACGGAACAACAGACUGGUUCAAGAUUGGGAAACGAGUGCGGCAGGGCUGCAUACUUUUCACCCUCCCUAUUCUACUUGUACGCAGAACACAUCAUGCGACAUGCGGGGCUCGAUGAAUCCAAGGCUGCAGUUAAAAUUGCUGGAAGAAACAUUAACAACCUUAGAUAUGCAGAUGAUACCACUCUGAUGGCCGAAAGUGAGGAGGAGCUGAGAAGCCUUAUCACCAAGGUGAAAGAAGGAAGUGCAAAAGCUGGGUUGCAGUUAAACGUCAAGAAAACCAACUACACCUAUUGGCAACUACACCUAUUGAUAACUGGCAAAUAGAGGGAGAAAACGUGGAGGCAGUGACAGACUUUAUAUUUCUAGGUGCGAAGAUUUCUGCAGAUGCAGACUGUAGCCAGGAAAUCAGAAGACGUUUACUUCUUGGGAGGAGAGUAAUGGCCAACCUUGACAAAAUAGUGAAGAGCAGAGACAUCACACUGGCAACGAAGGUCCACAUAGUGAAAGCAAUGGUAUUCCCCAUAGCAACCUAUGGAUGCGAGAGCUGGACCAUAAGGAAGGCUGAGUGAAGGAAGAGAGACGCUUUUGAACUCUGGUGCUGGAGGAAAAUCCUGAGAGUGCCUUGGACCGCAAGAAGAUCCAACCAGUCCAUCCUCCAGGAAAUAAUCCCCGGCUGCUCACUGGAGGGAAGGAUAUUAAAGGCAAAGAUGAAGUCAUUUGGCCACAUCAUGAGGAGACAGGAAAGCUUGGAAAAGAUCACGAUGCUGGGGAAAAUGGAAGGAAAAAGGAAGAGAGGCCAACCAAGGGCGAGAUGGAUGGACGGUAUCCUUGAAGUGAGUGGCUUGACCUUGAAGGAACUGGGGACGGUGACAGCCAACAGGGAGCUCUGGCGUGGACUGGUCCAUGAGGUCACGAAGAGUCGGAGAUGACAAAACGACUGAGCAGAAGCAUAUAGAUAUAAUUAUAUGUAGAGAGAUGUCUAGAUAGAUAUAUAUGAAUAUAGACUCAAUUAAUGUAAAUUUAUUUUAAUGUAAUUUUAUUGGUAUCUAUUUUUAUUUUGAAAUUUACCAGUAGCUGCAGCAUUUCCCACCCUUUGCUUGUACUCGAGUCAAUAUGUUUUCCCAGUUUUUUGUGGUAAAAUUAAGUGCCUCGGCUCAUAUUCAGGUCAGUUUAUACUCGAGUAUAUACGGUAUUCUGAAAGACCUGCAUAAGAUUAAAAUACCUUCAAAUCAUUUAUACUAAUAAAAUGCAGGUUUAAAUUCCGAAGUUAAGAUCAAUUGAUUAGAUCUGCCAGAAGAGAGGUCUUUAAAAGUGUUUUAAAUUCUGAAAAGUUGUUUGAUAUUAUUAUUAUUAUGAAAUGUAUAUGCGUGGGUGUAAAUAUAUAAGAAGAAAAUUCUUAAGAGCAAACCCAGAGUAUUGGCUUAUUUUAACAGUUUUUAAGGGUUUUUAAUGGAUUUUAACUAUCUGGUUUAUUAUUUUGUUUUUUUAGUAUUUCUGUGUUGUGGAUUUUAAAUUGUAAUGUUUUUUAAUGUGAGCUGCUCAGUGUCUCAAGAGAAAAAAGCAAGAUAAUGUACUGUAUGUAGAUACAUGCAUAUAAAUACACCCAGUUUACUGGGGACCAAAACAACACUGGGCAAGCGAGUAAUAAGGUAAUAACAGAGGAGGAAGGCAUGAAAUGCAGGGGGAGAAAGAGUGUCCGUCAGAAUGCCUCUGGGCAUGUGCAGAUCGCCCCUUCCCUUCCCCUGGAAAUUAGGCAGUGGUUCCAAAAAGGCUCCCCUUCCCCACCUUUUCUCCCAGUUGUGAGCCAGAGGGCACUGUAUAAAUAAAUAAGCUGUGAGCCAGAUAGUUGAUACUGUAUAAAUAAAUAAACAAUGAUCCUAUUUGGUCAGGCUUCUGGGGAAGGGGCCAGAAAUCAAUUGUGGGAAUUGAAGUCCAAAGUUUGCUGAAGUUUGCUCGUGCUUGUCUUAGGGCCCUUCCACAUAGCCAAUAUAACCCAGGAUAUCAAGGCAGAAUAUACAGCAGUGUGGACUCAGAUAGCCCAGGUCAAAGCAGAUAUUGUGGGAUUUUAUUCAGCUGUGUGAGCCUUAGAGUGUGGGAAAGGCUUCAGGUAGGAGGCAUACCUGAUUUGCUAGAAAGGGUACUCUCCCAAGGGGAUCCAUGGCUCGAAGUAUAGAAGCCAAUUGGGAGCUGACUUGGAGAAUGCAAAGCAAGUUAGCAAGUUGAGAAGUAAACAAAGGUGGAUCAUUGUGAGGUUGCUGUGGAUUCUAUAAUAGAUUAGCAGUCAUUCAUAAAGAAGGGAUAGAAGCCUAAGGAAUAACUUCUACAACUCUGCCAUUUGGGGCAAAAGGAAGUGUCAUUCCAGUCUCCUUUGGAGUCAUUGGAAGGAGAGGGCUAUUGCAGUUCUUGGGGGUAUCACACUUGAUGCAACAUUUUACAGUCUUAUGUUGUCAGUAAAAACAGGGAGAUAGACCAACCUUCAGGGGUUGGUUAGUGUCCCAUAAGUCCCACCAGUCGUCCUGAGAAUCAGAUGCAGCUCACAUGGUUCCCUUUACGACGAUCCUGAUAUAGAAUAAACAUAAAAACAUACUGAUGCUCACUUGGUGAUAUAUAAUUUGUUCACAUCAAGAUUAAUACUAUAUAUGUUUAUUUUUAUUUUCCUUCUAACAUAUUCAACCUGGAAUUGUUUAGUGUGUGCAAAGAUAAUGCCGUUAAAGGUUGAGAUAUAUAUAUAUAUAUAUAUAUAUAGAGAGAGAGAGAGAGAGAGAGAGAGCAGAAAUAUAUUCUUUCAACAUUAUUGGAAUUGUUGUGUUGUUUGCCUUCAAGUCUGAAUUCUUUAAAAUAACUAAUUCCUUAUCUCUUUACAACCGUAGCUCCCCUCACUAUUUUAUUUAUUUAUUUCAAACAUUUAUAUCCCGCCCUUCUCACCCGAAAGGACUCAGGGCGGCGUACAAAAUUGGCAACAAUUCAAUGCCUACACAUAAUUAAAACAGCAAUGAAAAUCCAAUAAAACAAUUAAAACAAUAUAAAAAUAUAAAACCUAUGAUUAAAAAUCCAUUUCUCCAAAAUCCUCGUGCUGUAGCCGUAAAUCAGUCCGGGUAGUCUUUAUCAUUUAAUCUUCGAAAUCCUGGGCACAUAGCCAUGUUUUCAGGGCUUUUCUAAAACUCAAAAGGGUUGGGGCUUGCCGUAUUUCUCUGGGGAGGGUGUUCCACAGCCGGGGAGCCACCACCGAGAAGGCCCUGUCCCUCGUCCCCACCAGCCGCUACCAUUUUUGUCUGGAAUUUGUCUUGUUGGUUGACUCCAAGUCAUUUUGCACUUACAGCAACCCCAUUAUGUAUAUACCACAGGGGGUUUCCUGGCAAGAUUUGCUCAGAGGGGGUUUGCUUUCUCCUUCCUUUGAGGGGAACGUCAGCAGGGUGAGCAUUACACUACCGGUAUCCCUGUUUUCCAGACUGUUAUACACACUGAAUGUGAUUCAGCUCCCCGUUAGGUUAUCUGGUCAGGUUUAGAUGGUCUUUACAGACCAUAGGUACCCAAGCACCCCAUCCACUUUCCCUUGCCUGCUGAGAGAGCCUGAGCCCAUGGUGGGCCACUAUCAUCCCUCAGCCAAGUUCCAGUGAAGCAUGCUCAGUCACCCUCUCAUCUUUGAGAUCAUAGAUACAUACUUUAUUUUUCACUGACCUGGCAGGUAAGAGCAAGGUGAUGUUUUGUGGGUGGUUUGGCUCACUCUCCAAGUUCCCAAGAUUGCAGAGUGACUGGAAUGUGAGAUAGCUAUUGAACACCUUCUUUGAUAAGGGGAUGUGACUCUGCCAAUACUACAUCUCCCCCCACCCUGUACAACCCAUAUUGCCACCCCAAUUUCUAUAAACAUUUAAAAACAGACAAACAAGGAGGACUAUAACAAUGCAAAUGGAUGUGGUUCCCGGUCAAAUAGGUCCAUUAGUAGAACCCUACUCGCACUUCUGUGAUGCCUCAUAGCCACCGUGGGGGUUGUCCAGUCUUUCGGAUGGUGCUUCCACUGCUCACAGGCAUGUCAGUCCCAUAACAUGAGGCUGAUAGGACAUAUGGUUUUGCUUUAUCCAUGGUUUUGCUCAUUCAGAUGAAAUGACAGUUUUGUAACAAAAAAAGGCCCUUGGCAUCAUUCACUGUUCAAUGUCUUUAGAUUAUGUGCUGUUGGUCAUAAUGCUGCAUUGGAUUUAAUCAGAUAGAUGAGACAUGAUUAAAAGAAACCAAGUAUUGACUUACUGGGGCCGGGCUGUGGCGCAGGCUGGUGAGCAGCCUGCUGCAAUAAAUCACUCUGACCAUGAGGUCAUGAGUUUGAAGCCAGCCCGUGGCGGGGUGAGCACCCGUCAAUUUAAAAAAAAAAAUAGCCCCUGCUCGUUGCUGACCUAGCAACCCAAAAGAUAGUUGCAUCUAUCAAGUAGGAAAUAAGGUACCACUUAUAAAGUGGGGAGGCAAAUUAAUUUAUGACAUUGGAAUGGGGAAGUGCCGUCACAGUGGAUGAUGAAGCAGCUGCUCCCCCAUGGCCAGAAUUGAACAUCCCCUCAGGAGAAGGUUAAAUUGCCUCUGCAUCUGUCUCGGUUCUAUGUGUAUAUGGGCAUUGAAUGUUUGCCCUAUAUGUAUGUAAUGUGAUCUGCCCCGAGUCCCCUUCGGGGUGAGAAGGGCGGAAUAUAAAUACUGUAAAUAAAUAAAUAUGGCAGUGUACAGUUAAAAAUAGAGUAAAAAUACAUUUGCCUACCAGUUGCAGUAAAAAUAAAGAGUGCUCUCUGUGCAUUAUCAAGCAGAAUUAUUGGGUCUUGCGCUUGCACCAUCCCCAAAGGAGCUACCUAUGCAAUUCUUUUUAGUGAUUCCCAAACCCUAGUUCUCCAGGACUGCAACUCCCAGAAGUCUUGUUACUUUAGCCAACUCUGGAAGCUGAAGCCCGAAACAGCUGGAAGACCAGCAUUAGGGGAAAAGUGCUUUAUAGCCUUGUGGAAGAAGUGGAGCAAGUGUGAACUGUCCUGAUGAUCCGGCACCUGGAGGCUUGGUCCUCUAUUUGCAAGGUCCUCUAUUUGCCAUCUUUCUCAGGGAACAGGUAGCAACUCUCCCAAGGAAAUGGCAGCUGAUAUAGAAAUGCUGCAUCUUUGUAGUAUACUCCUGAUAACCCUUUGUUGAGGCAGAGGAGCAGGUGAAAGCUGUUACGAUUAUCCAGUACCUGGUCCUAUCGAUUUACAGAUAUCAGAAAUAUAACGCUUAGGUUUAUAUGUACAUGGGCAACACAUGCUUUCUCAAAUGUCAUAGAUCAAGCAGAGCCUUCCUGGGAUUGUACCAUCUGAGCAAAUGGAAGGCAUGAUAUUUCUGGAGCCAGUUUAUGUUUAUACGGUAGAGGUUUUCAUCGACCAGUUUCCCUAAUAUAUUUGAAUGAAUGCCAUGUAAACAUAAACUGGUUUAAGAAGUAUGUCCUCAUUUCACUCAGGUGGCAAAAAUCCAGAGAAGGCUCUACGAGAUCUAUAAUGACAUUUUAUGGUUGAGGGGGAAAAGGAAGGGGCCUGAGGCUGUUAGGAAUAGUGGGAGUUGAAGUCCAAAACACCUGGAGGGCCCAAGUUGGCCCAUGCCUGAUAUAGAACAUAGAUGCAAACAGCUCCUGGCAUAGAAGCAACUUAAUUUAGGAUCAUUCUGGGAUCAGAUGUUAGUUUUCAUCUCUGAGACAACUAGUCAAUCCAUGGAUUUCCAUGUAUCUGCUGUUACUGUUUUCUUCAUUCUGUGAUAACAAUGCAAAAUUAAGACUUUUGGAGAUCUAGGCAGGGAGGCAAUUGGCUGGAGCAGUCAUUCAAUGACAAUUACAAUCUGGAACCUGGCCUUAAGUGAGACACUAACUUGCCAAAAGAGAGAGAAAACAAACAGAGACAGUAAUAAUAGCAAUUUUAUUAAGAUAUUGCAUCAACUCAUGAUCUUUGCUAAUAAAGACGGCUAAUAAAGACUCAUCCAUCACUGUUAGAGAUGUUUUGGAUUAACUUGGUUUAACUUCAUACAAUUAUGGACCUUGUAACAACCAAUAUCGAUUUUUUUGUCCAUUAAUGGAACUGAUACAAAUCAAUCUCAAUAAGAAUGGUGCAGUUAUGUAUGUGCCCUCCCUCCCUCCUUUAUUCCUUUCCCUUCCUCUUGUGAUUUAAUUGCUAGUGAAGACUGUAAAAUUCUUUGCACAUUUUAUAAACCCUUCUGUACAAUUUAUAACAUUCAAUUUUUAAAAGUCUGAGUGGAAGAUUUGGGAAGUGAUUGGGAAAGAGGAGGACAGAUGUGACAACUUUCCUUCAGCAGAGCUUACAACAAUUGACCCCAAUCAAAUCACAUACAAUCUAGCCUUAGGAGCCCCAGGUGGCACAGUGGGUUAAACCCUUGUGCUGGCAGGACUGCUGACUUGGAGACUGGGUUGCUGACCCGAAGGUUGCCUUUUCAAAUCCAACCCGGGGAGAGCACGGAUGAGCUCCCUCUAUCAGCUCCAGCUCCAUGCAGGGAUAUGGGAGAAGUCUCUUACAAGGAUGGUAAAUAUAUCUAAACAUCCGAGCGUCCCCUAGGCAACAUCCUUGUAGACAGGCAAUUCUCUCACACCAGAAGCCACUUGCUAUUUCUCAAGUCGCUCCUGACACACACAAAAAUCUAGCCUUGAAAAAGGGUGAUUGUGGUGAGCCUGCAGCUCUUUAGAAUCCAUAUCUCAGGCAAUUGGACUACAAUUCCCACAAAAUCCCAAAACUAUGCUAACAGUUCAUUCUCUGGAAACUGUAAUAGGCAAAACAAGAAAGCUUGGCUUGCAAAGACUGCAUGAGAUGUGCAUCCAGUAGGUCUACUUAUAGGGGGAAGAAUCCAAACCACAAAACAACACUUUUCUUAACUGCCACGUUUUUCAUCCUCAUACUUCUUGGCUAGCACAGUUAUGGUAUACACAUACCAGGUACAUCUUCCUUGCAAACUUGUAUAUCCUCAUUUGGCAUUGCAGAUGUUUUAUUCCCUUCUUGACACUACAUUGUCCAAACCCCCACUCCCCUAAGUUUAAUGGAUAACCUCUAAAGUCCCUUCCUUUGAUCAGCUAGUCUGUGUUUCUUGGGGAGCAGACCAGACUGGCCAAGCACCAUACAAGACUCAGAAUCAAUCACCACAAGGUCAAUUGAAGAUGAAGUAUUUCAACUCUGUAACACAAUGGAAUACGGUUUUUGUUCCUGGGUUAUAAAUGUCAUUUCCUAAUUAGUUCUAUCAUAAAAACAUGGAAAAGAUUAAAAUGUAAAAACUUUGUUUUUGCAGGAGGGACAUUCUGCAGCACAUUUUGCUAUAGUUUUUCAAUUAAUAGCUCACAGAGUCACUCUCAUAGAAUCUCAACCAAUUCAACAUGGUUUGUGGCAGCCACAAAAACAAAGUUCCUGGAGUAUAACAACUACUUUCAAAGUAAGGGCCACUCAACUUAUUAUAUAAUAACUACUUUUAAAGUAAGGGCCACUCAAACAGGAAAUAACACUUUCAAACCAGGAACAGAUUUUUUUUCAAAUUUUGUUACAUAGUACAGUCCAUCAAACCUGGCUGUCCUUCCUUGUUUGCUCAAGGCAUAAAUGUAAUUCCUCUGAAUUGUGAAGGGGAAAGGCUCUUUGUACCUUUAACUGCUCUCCUCAAGUUGCCAUGAUCCUUCCCUUUAGAUGCCCAAACUAUAUUUCUAAUCAACUGAAACUACCUGCAUCAUCAUGAGAAAUUUAGGGAAUAAAGGAACAUUUCACUGGGCAGCGCAGCUCCUAUUUGGCAGCCCCCUGGUCCCUCUGCCUGCGUUGAUCUGCUUGGCAGGCAUCCUAUAAUACUGUUACCCGAAGAAUGGGAAAAUUUGCCCCUUGGUUUCAGCCACUUUCUACACACCCAUUUUUGUUGUUGAGAAAGACCUAUUUGCAAAAAAGGGGUAGAAUGGAAACCAGGGCACUAAAGUCCAGAGCCCCAGAGCCAAAUGUUUUGACUUCAGGUAGGUUUGCUGUUUUGUAUCCACAUCUGUACACAAACACACACACACACAUGUGGAAACUAUGAGUCCCAAAAGAGUUUCAAAAAUAUUUGCAAUUAUCUUUUCCAUGUCAACUGCCAAACUGAAAAGCUGGGGGGAAAUGAACCUUCUGUGAUACUGCUUCUAAGCCACUGGGAGUCAGAAAGCCCUAUUGAUCUAGACAAGUGGUUCUCAACUUGUGGAUUCCUAAGUGUUUUGGCCUACAACUCCCAGAAACCCCAGCCAGUUUACCAGCUGUUAGGAUUUCUGGGAGUUGAAAGCCAAAACACCUAGGGACCUACAGGUUGAGUCCCACUGAUCUAGUAACAAUAAACUAACAACAGCCUGGAGGUAAUUUCACAAAAUUUCCUCCAGGAACAAUACUAUUUUGCCGUUGAGGAAGAUGUAUCAAACCGUUCCAAAUUGCCUGAUAAUCACCCUCCAUUUGCAGAGGCAAAAAACCCCAACCAACCAACCAACCAACCAA